CUUCAACGGCGCACAAAAUUUGCAGACCGUCAUUUCCGGGAAGGGUAAAAUAACCUUUUUGGAAGAAUGCUCGAAAAAAAUAUACAAUAGCAGUGCAGUAUUUCUAUUCAGAUAAGCUGUACUUCGCUGAUCUGACGGAAGCGGCGCUACUGAGCGUGGCUGCCUCCCGUGACGCAGACAAUGAACCAGUAGUUAACGACAGAAAAAGACGAAGAAGAAGCAGCAACAGCAUCAGGGGAGCAUGUAACAGUUUUAUCGGCUUCUGUGAAGUCGUACCUCGAGACAGCCCACGCUGUCGUCAUUCAACACUUUGUUGUAUUCGUAAGCGCUAGCCCAUCCUCAGCUGGCUGAGCGAGAGAGACAUACGUGGGUUUGUGUUAAAAGUCCUCGUCAAAACCGAAGCGACUGACCUGUGCACGUCAAAAGGCAAAGAUGGGGAAUAUGGCAAGCAGAUUUCAGUCCUUGAAGGGACCAGAGGAAACCGGCGAAAGCAGCCGCAAACAUGGAUGCGAUUGGAAGAGGAAACGGAACAUGCAGUGUGACUGUGAGGAUGAGAAGGAGGGUGACGACCCCAUUCAAGAUACACCGCGCAGGCAAAAAUUGAAAAGUACUUCCAAUUACAUUUACCAAACCUUGUUCCUGAAUGGUGAAAACAGCGACAUUCGCAUAUGCGCGAUGGGACAAGAGUGGAACCUUCAUAAAUUGUACCUGUGCCAGUCGGGCUAUUUCUCCAGCAUGUUCAGCGGCAGUUGGAAGGAGUCCAACAUGAUGGAAAUCAACCUUGAGAUACCUGACCAGAACAUUAGUAUAGAAGCUCUGCAUGUUGUCUUUGGAUCCUUGUACCGCGAUGAUGUUCUCAUCAAGCCCAGUGGGGUUGUCAGUAUCCUUGCAGCUGCUUGUAUGCUACAGCUGGAUGCUUUGAUCCAGCAGUGUGGCGAGACAAUGAAGGAAAACAUCAGCGCAAAGACUGUGUGCAGCUAUUACACGUCCUCUUGCAUCUACGGCUUGGAAUCCGUCAUAAAAAAAUGUCUUGAAUGGCUUCUAAACAACCUCAUGACACACCAAAAUGUGGACUUGAUGAAAGAAAUUGGAACGGAUAUGAUGGAGCAGCUCAUCCAGUCGUCGGACCUGUUCGUCAUGCAGGUGGAGAUGGACGUCUACACUGCUCUAAAGAAGUGGAUGUUCCUGCAGCUUAACCCUACCUGGGACGGACCCAUCAAGCAGCUUCUAGCCGAUGCGGACGCCUGGCUGUGCAAGCGCAGGAAUGACCUGUGCUCGACAGACCUGUGCGCGGGUAUGCCCUUCCUCGAUACAGAGGAGGGGGCCCCCUUUUUCUCUGUCUUCAAAUACGUGCGUCUCCAGUAUAUCAUCAAUGACCUCGCUUCGGCACGCAUUCUGGAGCGUGACAACAUUUUUUCUCGUGAUUGGUUAACGACAAUAUACAAAACGCAGUGGUUUGCCAUGUUGCGGACAGAAUUUGACAAUGAUAAUGGUCCGCAGGAAGUCAACAAAGAGGAACUCGAGUUAUGCAGCAUGAGGUGUGGCAGGAAAUUGACCAAAGAUGGAGAUUACUGCUGGCGAUGGACUGGUUUCAACUUUGGCUUUGACCUGCUGGUGACCUAUACCAACCGCUUCAUCAUCUUCAAAAGGAACACGCUAAGUCAGCCAUGCGGGGGCGCUGUGAGCUUGCAGCCGCGGCGACAUCUUGCUUACAGGUUACGCUUAGCCUCCUUUGACAAUCUUGGCAAGCUAGUGUGUAGCCGCUCGACCGGUUACCAGCUUCUCACACUUGAAAAGGACCAGGAAUACGUGGUAAUGAACCUGGACAGUCGCCUGCUCUCCUUCCCGCUUUACGUGUGCUGCAACUUUCUGUAUACAUCAUCGUACGCGGAGCACCGCCCGGACCCCUCGGAUCAAGACGGAAGCACCCGCAGCAUAUCCUGAUGGACUCGUGGUCGCUGCCACCCGUUCCUGUGGUAACGUUGGCACUGUUUGUAUAGUCCGCCUGCGCUUACAGCAAUUAUCGCCUGUAAGCCAGUCAGGGGAAUUUGUCUCUGUGUCACACGGAGGCUGCUGUUGUACCAUUUUAGCAUGAAGCCGCAUACUUCAAUAUGGGAACUUUCCAUUUGUACCCUUAUGUCGGUGACACCCGUGUUCCACAAAUCAGUCGCCUCACGUCAUUGAACGGGAACUUUGAUGUCCCACGGACUUCUGGAAGUCAGAAAACAGUGACGGGGAAUUUUGGGAAUUCUCCACCUCCAUGCUAUCACAACAGCAGCCGGUUCAGUAAGAUAAGUGGAACUAUUCCAGUUUGCUGUGUAAUGAAGAUGUGGCGCGAUUGGACACAAUCUCCACCGCAACAGUUUCUUGUUUUCACCUUGUAAGUACAUCUUAAAUGUGUAAAAUAAAAAACUAACUAGUAAUCACCACUCUUAAUUUACUGUUAAAAGUAAUCUCUUGAUGAUGUGAUUCAAAGCGAGCAAGCAGUCUUUCUUCUCCAUCAGGGUCCACUUUUUUUCAUACUUUUGAUUCAGCCUCACUCAGAGACACUUUGGUUACAUAUUUAAGGACUCACACAUCAAAGUCAGUUUUUUUUUUCGUCUUGUUUUUUCUUUGCACAGGGUUUACACCAGGGGUCGGGAACCAUUUUGGCUAAAAGCCGUGAAAGCUGCUUAUUUUAAAAUGUAUUUAUGUGACAGCGAAACUGUCAUUUUUAACACUGAAUACAAUUAAAAGCGUUCUUUUUUAAGCAAGACCAACCAUUUUAGAAUAUAAUGUCUCUGGUUUUUAUUCUUUUUUAAAAAAUGUUGUUAAACUGAAGCAAACCAAUAAAUAAUAUUUCUUA